AUGCCAGCUGCGGCCUUGUCAUGCUGCGAAUAUGCGCGUCGCAGACCGCCACCGCUGAUGUACAUGAAACAGUUCGAUCGGAUUAGCAAACGUCAGCUCGCUCUGGUUGAAAGUUACCGAGUCGCCCAGGCUGAACAUUGCAAAUUGGGUCGAAGCAGUAUGGCCUUAUUGCUCGAGGCCAACAAAGCGUUCGCAGCGGGCUUGGGAAGUCUGGAACCGGAGAGUUGGCAGACCGGAUUAGAAGACUGUGGAGACUUUUACAUGCAUCGGUGGAAAGAA